UAAAACCUAAUAAUAUUGACAAUUUAUUAUAUGUUUUACAAAUGAAAGAAUAUACAAAAAUCAAAAAUUCAAAAAUAUUGAAAAUAGUUUUGGAGCUUAUUACCAAGCUGGAUGAAUUGUAUAAUCUUAAAGAUACAGUAUGCUUUCAUCCAAAAUUGCGACAUUAUGCUCUGUUCCAAAACUUAGCCAAUAGAAGUUGUAUACAAAGCUCAAACGGUAUUUUAGCAAACCAAAUAAUCGGAGCUAAGCGCGAUUCAAUAAAUAACGAAUAUGACUCAGACCCCGAUACUUUUAAUAAUUCUAAAAAAUUGAUUGCUAAAAUAAGCGAUAAAAACUUGUUGAUGGAGCUUGAAAAAAAAUUGAAUGGCUUGCAUAAAUUGUUCGAAUUGGCUCAAAAUAAUUACGAACGUGAAAGCAGACGAUCUCUCGAAAGAUUAACUUUUCUAAAUACCACAAAGUACAGCAAACUAGUAACAUUUAAGAACGAAAAAAUUGGUGACAAUAUUACAAAGAGUUCACAAAUAGCAAGUAUAGUAGUGUCCAAUGGACUCGAACAUCAUAUGAAUAUCUCUGAUAGCGAGAAAAGUAAAAAUCACUUUCCUAGUUCUGAUCAUGUCAACGAAGUUGAUUCUGCAUCCCCUUCGCCAAGUAAUAACAUUCGAAAUGCAACGCACCAAAAUGUAUAUUUAAGCCUGACCCAAUUACGUGAAAAAGUGACACGUAAACGUAAUUUCCUGUGCGAUCUAAAAAGAGGAUUUUUGAAAGGAGCCCUGUCCAAUAUUUUUACCCUAAGUCGAUUUAACAGUAAAAACCAGCCCACACUUUUCGCCAUAACACAAGCCAAAAUACCUGAACUUUUAAUUCUCAUUUCGUUUCACAACUGCCCUGGAGUUAAGCCUCGAUUUAUCAAUGUCGGUGAUAAUAGUAAUAGUGUUUCCCUAGAAAAUGAUAACAAGAGGCUUUCUCGAGAUUUGGAAGGUGCCGAAAUCUCUAUUCCAGAAAACUAUGUUUUGAAUCACAAGGAAUCAGAAAGAGGCAUUAACAACGUGAAGAUCAUAAAUGACCAUCUCACUAGGACAUUCACUAUCAACGAAAUGGAUAAAUCUCAUAACCAGAACGAAAUAAAUGCAGCGCUAGACCAUUUAUGUCAGUUGAUAAAAUUUCUUUCGGAAUUGUACGAAACACCCUUACCUUACCCUAUAACCUUCCACCCAUCCCCUCUUCCCCAGAUUUACGAAAUAUUACCGGACCUUAACAAGGAAAUCUUAUUGAUCAGGGAAAAAACAGACCUAUUCACGCUUUAUCUCAAAAAGGGUGACAACGUUAACGCCUUAGUAGGCAUAUCACUGCUUGAGAAAAAUAUAAAUUACCUUUUACCCCGUUUGGGGUCUAAUGAUACUCAGAUCAUCAAAGCCGGUUACAAACCUCUCUACCAUAAUACUAUCCUGAAUCUUUUCAAUUUAUUAGAUUUCAUUCUGAAUAAGCCCGAUAGCAGCAAUCGAUUUCUUCAAGAAUAUUAAUGGUGAAUUGGGAAGGUCAAUUGAAACACUUUUAUAAUAAUGGUGAAAUUUGUAACGAUAUCGACUACUUAAUGCGAUUAUAUUCUACAAAAAAUGAUGAUUGUGAAUCUUUCUCAUUUCUUCAAUUGCCCUGUUAAUGCUCCAUUCUUGAUAUUUAUUUCCCUUUUUUUAUAAAUGCACAAUUACAAAGUAAUAUAAUUAUAUCAAGAUAUAUGUAUAAUUUGUUUUUAAUAAAUUUUUUUAUAUGAUAUAGAUGGGUAAUUA